AUGGAAUUGUUUCGUCAUUCAUCGGCCGAUAAUUGGAAGAAGAAGCCACUCGAACGUCGGGCAGCUGAAGGUCGACGAUCUUCGGUAGUUGAUUGGAUCAGCGGAUGGACAGCUGACACGAAAGUCGAUACAACAUGGAAUACCAGAAAUGAGGAGGGCUGCGAACGAUUGACACGAAACGGAAGUGUGUGCGCUGUUGAAGACUCGAAGCCUGAUGAGCACACCCAGCACAAAGACAUGCUCAUUUCACAACUCAAACGAGAGGUUAAAGUAAUAAUGGAGGAAGCGGUCGCCAAAAAGACAAUGGAUCUCAAUUCGCCAUACGUAACGUCUCUAUGUGUUGCUGUCGAUGCUUGUUUGAUGGAUGGGUUGCGACGAAGGUUGCUCGGAUUGUUCGGAAGUCGAUCGUCGUUCGCAUUGCUUCAUUCUCUGGCUAAACAGAACGCGACAAUCGAGAAAGUGUUAUCAAAGACGUUGGCAAACGCCAAUAGCACGUCAAUAUCACCCCAUUUGAUAUGGAUUCGAGAAGCCCUUCACAUGCGUCUCCUUUCGACGGUUAUCGAAUACAUUGCUUCUGCAAAAAAUGUUCGUCGUCUAUACGACAGCCAUGCCCUAAUGCUGGACCGAGCAAAAGGCGGCAUGGUCGCUGCUCUGCUUCUUGGUCCGUGUGCUGUCACGUUCCGGCGAAUGGCUGACAAGACAGAAGAAGCGACAGCGGAAGAACUCGUCGAGCGAGGUGCAGCUCGGUCAAGGAUCAAUGGAGAUUCGGUAGUGCAUUCAAGACCUCCUUUGACGAUUACUCGACAAGGAUCUAGUCUAGUUUCAUCAUUGGAUCUCAAAUCUCCUCUAUGGGAAAAAUAA